AUGGAGUAUGGGAGUAGCUAUACCCCGCCACUACACAACCAGCAUGCACCCAACCACCAACGAGUGGAGAGCACCGACGACGAUACAGUUGGCAUGCUAUCUCAAGCCGCGCCAUCUUACCAAUACGAAGCCUACCGUCCGCCAGAUCAACAGUUCAAAUCCAUCGAUACAUCAGUAACGAACCGCAUGUACGCGGAUAUAUCACCCCUCUCAGCGCGAAUAUCCACACCUCCAGGCUUCCAACCAGUUCCUACUUCUUCCUCAAUAGGCCAGGCGACUAUCAACUACCUCCCCACCACCAGAACCCAGCAAUCACCACCCGCCUCCCCAGGCUUCCGAUCUCGACUUUUUGGUAGUCGAAAUGUGCCGUACCAAGAAAAUGUAGCGUGGGCAAAUUCAACGCAGUUUCGGCCUACGACUGUCGAGGUACCAGACCGCGAGUAUGAAGCGCAAAUCGUAGACGCGGGUAUGGCUGCGGCGCCAUCAAAGCAAUACUUCCGCGAGGCGCGACACGUCCGUGAACCGUGGAGCCCUGGCAUCUGGACGCGGUUUCCACGGAAGGGCCUGGGAGCCCUGGUAUUGAUAGUUCUCCUGACGGCUGGAUCUUCGACCAUCCUUUUCUUGAGCGAUGGAACGAGACCUGAGAAUUGGAAGGUUGGUAUGGAUUCCGUGCAGCCGCACGUCUACGUCUCUAUUUUUGAGAUGAUCAUAAUACUUCUCAACUUUUGCGCACUCGCAGAGGGAAUAGUCAUCACCUUCUGGCAUCGCUUGUUGCAGAGUACAAAUCUCGUAGAUGUACAUGAUAUGCACGAUUUGUCAUUCCUCUGGCCAGCAAUCAAGCGAACAUCUCGUUUGCAAUUCAACGCUGUAGCAACUGCUUCUAUACUUACAGCUUUCUCGCUCUCCAGAGGCCCGUUCUUCCAGCGCGCCAUCAUUCUAAUAGAUGGCCGCUAUCAGACCAACACGACGUUUGUCAUGCUUGGCAUCGUUGUCUCAUUAGCCUCCGUCAUCGCUAUUCUGCCCUUGUAUUACGGCUACUGGGACUUUGGCAGGAAAGUUAGUUUGAAUCCUUUGGAGAUCGCGCGCGCUUUUGGUGCUCCUUUAUUGGAUGGUUUAGACGGCAACCUGACAUCGACUGGUGUCGAGAUGGAGCGAGGAGCUGUGACAGUGAAAUACGGGGCGUGCGAGCGAUAUGGUGGUGAAAAAGUGCUGAGGGUCGAGGAUGCCGCUAGAGUGAAUAUAAGAGCACCUUGGCAAGGGGAGAUAUUCGGAUAA